AUGGCUCACUCCGCUCACCCCCCUGGAGGGAGGGAGAUGACAAACGGAGGCGGGAACCCCCACUUCAACAAUGGAGGCCAGGCGGGGUGUUCCCACAGCAACACGCGCUACAAGCUGAAGAAACAGCGGCGCCACAGACGCAGGUCGUCCUCGCCAAUGGGCCGGGUCAUUCUCAUCAACGCACCUGUUGAUGGAGGUGAUGAAAGUGAAGACAUUCACACAGUGACAGUAGACAAGAGUCCUGAUGGGCAUCUGGGUUUCAGUGUCCGUGGAGGCUCUGAACAUGGACUUGGUAUAUUUGUCAGCAAGGUGGAGGAUGACAGCUCUGCAGCGGAGGCUGGGCUGACUGUGGGGGAUAAGGUGGUGGAGGUGAACGCUGUCAGCUUGGAGAGCAUCACCAUGAGCAGCGCUGUGAAGGUCCUGACGGGCAACAACCGGCUGAGGAUGGUGGUGAGACGGGUCGGAAAGAUCCCCGGCAUCCGCUACUCCAAGGAGAAGACCACAUGGGUGGAUCUGAUUCACCGGCGGAUGGUGGUGGAGGAAAGUGGCCGUACACCAUCAGAUGCCAGUUCGGACAGCGCCCUCCGCAGGAUCGUACAUCUCUUCACCACGUCAGACGACUACUGUCUGGGCUUCAACAUCAGAGGAGGCAAAGAGUUCGGACUGGGAAUUUACGUCUCUAAGCUGGACCCAGGUGGGCUCGCAGAGCAGCAUGGCAUCAAAAUGGGCGAUCAAAUCCUUGCGGCCAACGGGGUGAGCUUUGAAGACAUCACCCACAGCAAUGCAGUCGAGGUCCUGAAGAGCCACACCCAUGUGAUGUUGACCAUCAGGGAAGCUGGCAGAUAUCCUGCGUACAAGGAGAUGGUGGCAGAAUACGGCUGGCUCGACAAAUUGGCCAACGGAGGCCCUUCAUCAUUCCCUCAGGGUUCAGACUCCAACUCCUCUGUGUCCUCGAUGUCCUCCAGCACCCCUCUCAGCUCCCUCAGUGGUCUCUCCCAGGUCCUUUUCCCUCCCGUCUUUGGCCUGGACAUGGUAGAUGUGGCCAUCUCCACAGAGGACCGCUCCCGUCAUUCAAGCAGUGCCGAGCGAACUGCUGACACUGCCAUGCAAACUGACGCCAACCCUCCAAACUACACGGACCACCGCUCGAAUAACGGAUCGUACCACGACAGGCUGGUGGGGACAGAAACCAGCCGGAGUGUAGGUGCCACAGUGCUGCUGAAGGACACCGUCAUACGUGGGAAAGGGGAAGGGCCGAGGGAGAUGGGAGGAGCUGGGGAAGAAGGGCGGGGACGGACGAGGAUGAUGUCAAGUGGGGACCAGGAAGUAGACUCACCUAAGACGGCGGCUUUGAUGGCCCUGAGCAGACCAAGGAAACCCAUCAGACGUUCCCAGAGCCACAUCACUGAGUCAGAGGACAGACAGAAGAAGAAGAAGCAGAAGAAGGAGAAGAGCUCGGGAGAGGGUAAAACAAGCCUGCAGCGCUCCAAAACCUUUGUCAACCUGUUAUUUAAGAGAGAGCGUAAAGAGAAGAGCUCCAGGUCCCCAUCCCAGGGAGCUGACAAAGGUAAAGAGCGGGGCCGUCCUCUCCAGAUACUGACCUCUCCGAGGGAGUCCCGAGCCGGGGUCAAAGACACCAGCCCGCUGCCCCGGCCUGAGACCCUGCAUCACGUGGAGGACGUGGCCAAGAGGCUGCUCAGCCAGGACGAGGUGGCUGCCGUGAUGAGACACUGUCAACGCUUUUUGACCGACAAUAUGAUUGAGGACUUGGUACGUCCUCUUUUGGCAAUCUUGGACAGGCCAGAGAAACUGCUACUUUUCAGAGAAAUAAGGAUGCUGAUACCGACAACUAAAUUGGAUCGGUUUGACAGCAUAGUCCUUCCCUUUGAGCUGGAGGCGUAUGACAUUCUCAAGAGUCGCUCGAUACGAUCUCCUGCUCUGCGCUCCCCUCGCAGAGGAACCCCUCGACGUCACCUCAUCACCCCAAUCCCAGACUACCGUGGUGGGUUCCACCUCCAGCCGUUUCAGGACCCACUGGGAGAGAGUCAGUUGAUUGAGGAGUUGGAGCGUCUGCGUUUGCCUGGACAGCAGUCAGGAAUUCUUCCUCCAUCACGUCUCUUCACCCCCUUGCUGGACGUACCUGUGGACAGCUUUGCUUCCUCCUCUGCACGGUCCCGCUCCCUGAGCCCCUCACCCACCCACAGCUCCCUCCUCACAGAAUCACCACACAGCACCCGUCGUGGGCGCCAACCCCAUCGCUCCCCAAACAGACGAGAGAACGGGGCGUCCCAGUAUGAUGAGGUCUCCUUACUGUCCGUGUCUGACCGAGGAGAUGUGGCUGCUGAGCGAGGGAGGUCGCCUGUGAGGAACGGCCAGGGGACAGUGAGGAGGGAGGCGAGCCCCGAAAGCGUAGAUGGCAGGAGGCAGAGCGGGCAGCAGGGCUUCACUGAGGUCAGCGUGCAUGUUCCCCCUCAGCAGAGAGGGAGAACGCCUCUGGCUGAUGUGUUUGAGCCCCAGAGAGACAAGAGUCUGUCCUCAGGCAGAGAGAGAAGUCAGCAGGUGAAUCAACCAGCACAGAAUGGUGUGAAGAGGAGAACCACUGUGCCACAUGAGGAGUAUGAAAUCUGCACGUUGACCAUCUCAAAGGCCAAGCAGUCACUGGGUAUAAGUAUCUCUGGAGGUAUGGAGUCAAGGGUCCAGCCCAUGAUAAAGAUUGAGAAAAUCUUCCCAGGAGGAGCCGCGUCUACAAAUGAGGCUCUGAAGGCAGGAUAUGAGCUGUUGUCCGUGGACGGCGAGAGUAUGCAGGAGGUGACUCAUCAGCACGCGGUGGGUGUCAUUCGCCGUGCGUUCGGCAACAAGGCCAAAGAUCCGAUGGUUUUCGUGGUCAAGGUUCCUCGCAGCCCCACCAGCAGCCCCAGGAGACCUGCUGACUAGCCUCUCUGGGCCUCACAGCCAGACUGCAACUCGGGCAUGAAGGACAACAAAUUCUGCAGCUCCUGAGGGAACGAAUAAACUCCAGGUUUUCACUGCAGGAGAGAAAAUAUGAGACAGGUAGAGCUCUGGUCCCAGCGGAGAGGAAUGG